GGUGGUGGUGGGGGGGUCCACAGCGCAGAGCAGGCGCGGUGAACGAGCGCCGGGCGGGAGCGCGCGCAUAGGAAGGAAGCGAAGGAAGGAGCUGAGGCAGAUCAGUCGCCAGCGGAGCCCAAGACAGCGGAUGAACGGAUCCGAGCGUGUGUGUCGCCCUUGUCCAUUUUUACAGCAGCUUGAAAGCAGCGUCCGGCAGCCCGAAACCUGCCCGAAAAUGAUGCUCAAACUCGUCCUUCUCCUCGGGGUGCUCGUCUGCGGCAGCAAAGCCGCCCUGCAGGUGUCCAUUUCCUUGAACAAAGUGGAACUGAGUGUGGGAGAGUCCAAGUUCUUCAUCUGCACAGCUAUUGGUGAGCCAGUGAGGCUGGAGUGGUACAACCCCCAGGGCGAGCGCAUUGUGCCUUCCAAGCGAAUGGCACUCCACACGGAGACGUCACGAUCCAGGCUCAUCAUUUACAACGCCAUCAUCGAGGACGCGGGUAUCUACCGCUGCCAGGCCACUGAUGCCAGCGGUCACACCGAGGAGGCCUCGGUCGUGCUGGAGAUCUACCAGAGGCUGACGUUUCGGGAUGUUCAGUCACCGCAGGAGUUCCGCCAUGGCGAGACGGCGGAGGUGGUGUGUGAUGUCAUCAGUUCGCCGGUGCCCGUGGUGGUGUGGUACUACCAGGACAAAGAGAUCACCGAGGAGCACCACAGCAGGUUCCAGGUGCUGGCAAACAACAACCUGCAGAUCCAUCAGGUGACCAAGGCUGACGAGGGUGUGUACCGCUGCGAGGCCAGCGUCGAGGCCCGUGGCGAGAUCGAUUUUGUGGACAUCGCAGUGGUUGUCAACGUCCCGCCGGUGUUGUCAGUGUUCCAGCAGUCCUUCAAUGCCACAGCUGACUACCAGGAAUCAGUCACCUUUGCUUGCAUCACCUCUGGAUCUCCUGACCCCGUGGUCACAUGGCACAGGAAAGGGCAGCAGCUGGGGCCAUCAGAGCAGUACAUUUUCAACAGGCUGGAGGGCGGACGCAGCAUGUUAACCAUCCGCAACAUCCGACAGGACGACGGGGGUACCUACGCUUGCAAGGCCACCAACAAGGCAGGAUCUCAGGAAAGGGAGCUCUUCCUCAAAGUGUUUGUCCAGCCCCACAUCACCCAGCUGAAAAAUGUGACAGCCGUAGAGGGCAGCGCCGCCAUGAUCUCCUGUGUGGCUGACGGCGAGCCUCUGCCCGACAUUUCCUGGAGGAGAGCCAGCGACGGCCAGACCUUCGUGGACGGAGACAAGAGUCUUGACGGGCGUUUCGAAGUCCGCGGCCGUCACGGCAAGUCAGUGUUGACCAUUAGUGGCGUGAGACUCACCGACUUGGGUCGAUUUGACUGCGAAGCACUCAGCAGGAUCGGAGGUCAUCAGAAGAGCAUGUUCCUGGACAUUGAGUACAUACCAAAGUUCCUGACCAACCACACCAUCUACUACUCGUGGGAGGGAAACCCGGUGAACAUAAGCUGUGAUGUGAUGUCCAACCCUCCUGCCACCAUGUUGUGGAGGAGAGAGCGCUUCACCAUCUCGGCAGAGGGAACUGCCAACACGCGGGUACACAGUGCAGAGGGCAAGUCUGUGCUGGAGGUGACUCCCAUGUCGGACAGGGACUUUGGCCGCUACAACUGCACAGCCAGGAACAACAUCGGAGUUCGAUACCAGGAGUUCAUCCUAGCCCAAGCAGACGUGCCAUCAAAUCCAUACUCGGUGCGUCUGUCAGCCGUCUCCCAGCGCUUGGCCACUGUCACCUUCAUGAAGCCCGACUCGCAUGGCGGCGUGCCCAUCAGCUACUACCUGGUCCAGUACAAGGAGGUUGGCUCACAGGACUGGAGGGACGUCAAGUCACACAGUGUUCAAACGACGGUGGUGCUGACAGGUCUGGAGCCCAACACGACGUAUGAGGUUCGAGUGGCAGCUGUCAACGGAAAGGGUCAGGGAGAGUUCAGCCACACGGAGACCUUCCAGACUUUACCCAUCCGAGAGCCGAGUCCACCAGCAGUCCACGGGCAGAGAGGAAUGGGCAAGGCCUACAGGCUGGGGCUGGUCAAGCAGGAUGAUGGAGGGAUGCCCAUCGUGGAGUAUAUAGUCAAGUAUAAGACUGAUAAAGAGGAGCAGUGGAUGACCAAACUAGUCCCAGGAGCGAAUGACUUUGCGAUGCUGCAGCCGCUGCAGUGGAACACAAGAUACGAGGUGGAAAUCACGGCGCGCAACGUCAAGGGUCUGUCAGAGCCCACUUUCUAUCAGUUCUUCAUGCCACAGAAGCCUGACAUUACAGCAGAAUCCCUGUUCAGCGGCCUGGGCCUGGGGGCGGUGGUGGGCCUUGGCCUGGGAGCGCUGCUGCUGCUCCUGGUGCUGGUGGAUGUCAGCUGCUUCUUCCUGCGUCACUGCGGUCUGCUGAUGUGCAUCACGCGCACGCUGUGCAGCAAGAAGACGGCCACCAGCGGCAAGGGCAAAGAAAUCGAGGAGGGCAAGGCUGCCUAUCUGAAGCUACCGCUGAAGGAAGAAAAUGGAAAAGAGUCUCUCAAGCCGGAUACGAUUGAAAUCAAAGUGCACAGUGACAACAGCAUCCACACAAAGCCCGAUGACAGCAAAGCGUAAAAGGGUCGGUCCCCUUGUCACCAAAAGAACAUUCGGAUCCCGAGACCAAAACCCAGAGAAACUACAAUACUGGAAAAUAGUGGAGUGAAAUACCAUAUCUGUUUAUAACAAUGCCCCUGUGAAAGGCAUGUGUAAAUACAAAUAAUAGGAAGAAAAUAGAAAGAGAGAAAGGGUCAACCUUUUAGACACCCUGAGUGAUAAAUGUAUCAUGUUCUUAAAAACAUGGCGUCAGUGGAAAGCUUGUUGAUCAACGAUUGUACUUUAUUUGUCUCACUUUCUGUUGUGUCCGCUCAUAACUGUCGUCUCUCCGGCCAGCUAUCCUUUCCUGUUCGUUUUCUUGCUCUUCAACCCGCAUAAGACUUCACGUCUCCAGCCCCGACUUAUGACUUCCUCCCACGAACCCACACCAAGUGCAAGCAAAGCUACCAUGCUAGUGUGCCCCCAAGCUCACGCCGCUAAUGCUCUUUUUGUCAGAGCGAACGCACGGGCCGACUCUCACCGCGGGAUAUCACAACGUUUCCAACCCAAUCGCCUGUUUCCAUGCCUGAGUGUCACACUACAGCAACCCUUUUAUGCCUUUAAUAACCGAGCCGAGGCAAAUGCUGAAGCAUUGUGUAUCGAGCUGGCUUCAGUAACAUAAAAGGUAAAACCACUCUUAAUGAGAUUUCGAGGGUGAUGACUCACGGUUCUUACGAGAGGCAUUUGUUUUCUGUAAAACAUCAAGGGUGAAAAUUGUGCAAAACAGCCUCUGAUCAUUAUUCCUUAAGAGGAAUUAGGUCUUGAUAUCUGAUGAAUAAUGUUAUCUGAAGGGCUAUUGUGGAUCAUUGUUCGUGCUGCAGGAAAACAAACAAACAGAAAGAAUGUGUUGCCGUCUAUGAAAUAUUCACUAUAAUACCACACAUGUGCACUGAUGUCAUCGUUAGCAAAGCCUUUUUAUAUCGACACUGAAUAUUGUUGACACUCUUCAACCAUCUCAUUCUUGAACAAUGUAUGUUUUAUUCAUCUGUGUGCAAACCGCCCAGGAAGCACAGCACAGCGUGCUGUUGGUUAGGAGGCUGACUGCACUGUGGGCUCACGCGAGCUUCGCUUUGGCUUGACUUGGUGAUAAAAUAAUGUGUCACAAGGUGUCCUCCACAAAUGCCCUGAAUGGUGUCACGUAAUUGUUGCUAUGUGUAGGAAAAGCAGACUCAAGGCAUGGGAACAAACGAGCGAAGCUACGCUGACGAGAACUAAAUCAACGUGUGUGUGUCGUGUGUGUUUUUAACUGAUUCCUUCACUCAUUCCCAUCUCAGAUCUGCCUCAGAUGAUUUUUUUUUCUAUUGUUUCCGAUCGCUAUUCUCUCUGAUGUUGUCAUGUGUUGUACAUAGGUGGGAAAAAAAAAGAAUAUUUUACAAAGCUUUUAUGUAAAUAUACCCUAAAGGAUGUGUCUUUUUUUCAAAAUGCAACAGGCUUGGCUUUUCUUUGUGAACGCUCCGCACAUGAAAAGGUGUUUUGUUUUUUCUUUUCUUCCUUUCUUCUUCCUCCUCCUUCUGUUGUGUUUUGGUCAGUGAUGGUGUAAUAUUGCUUUUCCUAGUCAUUUGCUUUCCUUACAGCAAAUCCAUGCCCUAAGGCUAUUUCACAGCAUUUCAGUGGAAGCAGUAAUUACGGCAUUAGUGUGCCUUUGUUUUUUUUUUCCUUCCCUCCUUGUGGCCCAGUGCUGCUGCAGCAGUGCAGACCAUCAAAUGAGUUUUUGUU